CCGGGGCCUCCCGGCCUGAGGGAGAGGAGCCGGGAAGAUGGCGGCUGUGGUGGAGAAUGUAGUGAAGCUCCUUGGGGAGCAGUACUACAAAGAUGCCAUGGAGCAGUGCCACAGUUACAACGCCCGCCUGUGUGCCGAGCGCAGCGUGCGCUUGCCUUUCCUGGACUCUCAGACUGGAGUAGCCCAGAGCAACUGUUACAUCUGGAUGGAAAAGCGACACCGUGGUCCAGGAUUGGCCUCUGGACAGCUAUAUUCCUACCCUGCCCGGCGCUGGCGAAAAAAGCGACGAGCCCACCCACCUGAAGAUCCCCGGCUUUCCUUCCCAUCUAUUAAACCAGACACAGACCAGACCCUGAAGAAGGAGGGGCUCAUCUCUCAGGAUGGCAGCAGUUUAGAGGCUCUGUUGCGCACCGACCCCCUGGAGAAGCGAGGUGCCCCGGAUCCCCGAGUUGAUGAUGACAGCCUGGGAGAGUUUCCUGUGACCAAUAGUCGAGCACGGAAGCGGAUUCUUGAGCCCGAUGACUUCCUGGAUGACCUUGACGAUGAGGACUAUGAAGAGGAUACUCCCAAGCGCCGGGGCAAGGGGAAGUCCAAGGGUAAGGGUGUGGGCAGUGCCCGGAAGAAGCUGGAUGCUUCCAUCCUGGAGGACCGGGACAAGCCGUAUGCCUGUGACAAUAGUUUCAAACAAAAGCAUACCUCGAAAGCGCCCCAGAGAGUUUGUGGAAAACGCUAUAAGAACCGACCUGGCCUCAGUUACCACUAUGCCCACUCCCACCUGGCUGAGGAAGAGGGCGAGGACAAGGAAGACUCCCAGCCACCCACCCCCGUUUCCCAGAGGUCUGAGGAGCAGAAAUCCAAGAAGGGUCCUGAUGGAUUGGCCUUGCCCAAUAACUACUGCGACUUCUGCCUGGGGGACUCAAAGAUCAACAAGAAGACAGGACAGCCUGAAGAGCUGGUGUCCUGUUCUGACUGUGGCCGCUCAGGGCAUCCUUCCUGCCUCCAGUUCACCCCUGUGAUGAUGGCGGCUGUCAAAACCUACCGUUGGCAGUGCAUCGAGUGCAAGUGCUGCAACCUCUGCGGCACCUCGGAGAAUGACGACCAGCUGCUCUUCUGUGAUGACUGCGACCGUGGCUACCACAUGUACUGUCUUACCCCAUCCAUGUCUGAGCCUCCUGAAGGAAGCUGGAGCUGCCACCUGUGUCUGGACCUGUUGAAGGAGAAAGCUUCCAUCUACCAGAACCAGAACUCCUCCUGAUGUGCCACCCAGCUCCCCCACAUAUCUGAAGAUGUUUUUCUCCUCCACCUUGGUUUUCAUAACCCCCUUCCCUUCCCCCCUCUUUCACAAGUCCAGAACCUCGGGUGGUCAUGCCAACCUGCCUUUGGCAACAGCAAGUGGAGGUGGCAGCGCUGACCACCUCUGGCCCCAGGCCCUCAGGGAGAAAGGAGCAGUAUGCCACCCCAGGGCAGAUUUAUGGGCCCCGCUUCUCUGUGUUCUCCAUGAAGUGCAUUCACUCUGCUUGCCUUGGGCCCAGGCCCUGGUGAUCACAGGGUUCAAACGAUGUUUCAAAUAGAGAGUAGCUCCAUUCUUUUGGCCCUGGCUGACUCCCUGCUCUGGUCUCCAGGGUUCCUUCCCCACGAUGCUAGCCUGACCAGUCCUCUGCUGGGAGCAGCUGGGAGUGAACAAGCUGAGGCUGCCCUCACAGGAGCUUUCCAUGCCCCUCGUGCUGCUGUACCUUGCCUCUUCAGCGCCCCCCCCCCCCGCUCCUAUGAUCCUCUGUCCUGCUAACGGGGCCCCUUGCCUAAGCCAGGAUGUUCUUGGUCACUCGGCUGGCUCUACCCUGUCCCACUGCACCCCACACAGGGAACUAGCAGCUACCCCUGUCUUUCCUGUGCUUGGCUGGCUCACUCACGGGUGGUCUCUGGUGACCCAAGCCUUCCCUACCUUUUCCCCAUCUUCUGCCUCCCUCCUUGUUCUCUUUGGUUUUGUGGGGAAAGGGGAUGUGCCAGGGUGCCAGGCCAGCAGCUUGGGGGCCACAAGGAGAUGUUGGAUAAUGUGCCUGUUUUUUAACUCGAUAAAAAGCCUACCUCCAAAAUCCCCUCUUUUUUUUUCUUUUCUUUUUUUUCUUUUUUUUUUUUCCUUCCUGGACCUGGGCAUUCAGCCUCUUGCCCUUAACUAGAUUGGGAGCCUCCGCCUCCUGCCUGUGUAUGAUAGUUCCCAGGUCACAGGGGUGCCGCAUAGAUGUUCCCUUCCCUUGCACGCUCACUAGCAGCUGAUAAGGUCUUCACACCCUGAUUCCUUGGUUUUCUGCUUAGUGGCACUGACAUUAAGUAGGAGGGACAGCCAUGCCAGGACACUCUGGACUGGCCUUCCUCCUUCAUUGCGGGCAGGCCCUAACUCACCGUCACUUUAGAGUUGAGGUGUCUUCCCCCUCCCCCUUUAGUUCCUAUAUUCUAAACAUUAGUUUAAAAAAAUAAA